AACAGCAAGUUCGCGAACCGCAGUGUCGGCGAAGAUAGUAAUUUCUACAAUGCAGCAGGUGGAACUACCAGAGCAAGAGAACAGGAAGACUCCAUGCCAACCUUGCUGCAGAAAUCCAGGGGAGGACGAGCCGCGCCGGGCGGAGGUAAUACCAUCGCACCACCAACCAGUAGGAACAACUUUGCGCCGCCGCCGCCGAUAGUACCAGAUAGUGUGAGAGGCGUUGCACCGAUGUACUAUGAGCAGGCUGGCGCAAAUCAACAUCAAGUAUUGCCGCAACAAUCCUCGCGUGGUAAAAAGUCAUCGGGAAGAAACAAUAAUUUCAACCGGCCCCUUGAAGUAGAAACCACUGCCCCGCCAGGUCAACAUCAACCUCUGAACAGCGGCUUCCAGCAGCCCCCUCCCCCACCUUCCGCUCGCCCGCCUUCGUCCCGUGACGCUGAAAGCGGGCGAAAGGCGAAGAAGGCCAGGAAACUACCCGCUUUGAUGGAUCAAGAUCGAGACGAUGACAUGAAUCUGCAGCUGCGCGGGCGGGUGUCGCGACCGGUUGACAACCCGGACGACAUGGAAGUCGCGCGACCACGGAAGAUGAAAAAGAAGAAGGCGCAGGAAGAACCGAUGGCGUAUUAUUGAGAAUGUACAAUGCAAGAACAUUCGAUGGAAUUCAGAUGUGCCUUUUUCAACGACAGAGGGUUAUGGGCAGUAGUAUCUUUUUCCAACAGGCCGUUUUUAUUUUUAAAGCAGUUGCACACUAGCACUACCGGUAGCAGUCACUCAGUAUUUUUUCAAGCUUCUUUGGGUAGAGGGAUUUUUAUUGAAAUAGCGCUAAAGAAAAAAGGUGAGUAAUCGCGUUUCCACCUUACCGCAUGCCUACAAACAAACAAACAAACACUCGAUGGAACAAAAUGUGAGUGUUGCAGGAGUAGCACGAUUAUAUGUACGUUCAGACGAUCAAAUAUCAAUUAUGAUAUCAUUCCCCAUCCAACGCGACAAAAGUCGUGUGAGUUCCUAUCUGUUUGUAGUUACAACGCCUUUGAAGUAGUACACUCCUUCCGCUUGCAAAUGCAAUGCGCUGCUUAAGGCACCAUGUAACGACGAAGUAUGUUGUUGGAACGAAAAGUUUCUUUACUAUUUUUUUUCUGUUUUUGUUUCGUCGCUGUGCCGGCGACUUAUCUUAUCCGAGCCGAAGCUUCUAUUCUCAUUUUUUGCUAGAAAUUUGUUUUCGCAAAAAUCUGAAGCUUCCUGCUUGGAAUCACUACUAUUGGAUUUCUGUUAUACCAUUGUGCGUUGUUUGAGUUUGUUAAUACUAACUAGUACACCGCUCGGUAUACGAGCUACCUUGCAAUAAAUAUCCUGUGUGCAGAAAAAAUUCAGAGGAUACCAUUUUGGAUGACCUCUUUAUGUGUCUGAUAUUCAUAAAAAUCCACCAUUGGUGGGGGACGGGA